AUGAGAACACCUGGACCGGGCAUCUGCGCGUGCAGCGACGCUUCUUUGAAUGACGGAACCGGCUCCGCCUAAAUCCGCUGGGGGAGAGGAGGGGACGAACAAGGAGAGAGAGAGAGAGAGAGAGAGAGAGAGAGAGAGAGAGAGAGAGAGAGAGAGAGAGAGAGAGUCUGAUAAAGGAGGGAGGAAUUGCUGAAGAAUCAGACCAACUAAGAUAAAACGCUGAAAGCCACGCAGGGGCUUUGAUUAUGACGUAGGCACGAUUCUCGAGCCUUCAGCGCAUCCAUCGCGCGCCUCAGCAAGUUGGUGAAGAGACUCGCCGGCGCGCGUGAAGCUCGGAAGCCUCCUCACCUUAUAAAGUGCAUCGGUGACGAAAGCUAUCGCGUGCGCGUAAAUUCAGCACUUGGUUCACGAGACAGCUCCAGUGUGUCGGCUUCCCUAACUGGACUCAAUUUCAAGAGCAGUUCUUUCAGUACUUUCAGAACACUCUCGCACGCAUGAACAUUAGAAGUGUCAUCAUAUUUCUUGUGCUCAUCUAGCUGUGAUCCAUAGUCUGGGACCUUUCUUAUUCUCCACUAAAUAUGUACCAGGGGCAUUUGCAGAAGAAAGAAAUUCAUACAGGUUUGGCAAGACAUGAAGGGGAAAGACUCUAGGGCUGCAGAUAAGACCGUUGCCAUGGUCCUGAAGGAGAUACCCAAUAAGGCGUCCUCAGAAGGCAAGCCCCUCCUCACGGUGACAAACAAGCUGGUGAGCGAGCAACAAGAGAGCCGUCCCUUGCUGAGCCCUUCUAUCGAUGAUUUCCUCUGCGAGACCAAGUGUGAUGGAGCUGCCCGCCCAGUAACCUCUAACACAGCAGUAUUGUCCUCCUCUCUGGACUUGCUGGAUCUGAGUGAGCCUGGUGAGAGAAGACACAGCAAAGACAGGAAGAGCCCUCUUUCUUCAAAGGGCACGCCAUACAGGAAAAAGGCCGAUGAAACAGAGCUGAUCCAAGUGGAUGUUGAACAGAGCACACCCUGUUCCCACACACCUGAAAAAAUUUCAUUGGACUCAGUAGCAGUUCCAUCUUCAUUGGACAAAUGGGAAGAACUCAACCCACACCCAGAGAGAAAUGGUAGUAGAAAGUGGAAACUUGAGAGAAGACGUUCAUCAAAAAAUUCUGGUGAAUUUGUGUGGUCUAUGGAUUGCAAGACUCAGCUAGACACUGCCCCCAGGAACUCCCUGGAGGUAAAUAAUAAAGUAGAGGCCGAAGCAGUACCAGUAACUCAACUUAACAGGCAAUAUGUUAGUGGAAGACACGGCCGCUUGAGCAAAGACCAACGGUGGGGUAGCACACUGCUGUCCAGAAACCAGUCUCUGGAGGAAGAGUUUGAGAGAGCUAAGGCAGCAGUGGAGUCAGACACAGAGUUUUGGGAUAAGAUGCAGGCAGAGUGGGAAGAGCUCGCUCGCAGGAACUGGUUAACAGAGAAUGACCAACCGCAGAUUCCCUCCAAUGUGUCUCCUUACGAAAAGGGAUACUACUUCCACACAGAUAACCCUUUCAAAGACUGGCCAAAUGCAUUUGAGGAGGGAUUACGCAAGUCGAGAGAGGGAGAACUGCCUAAUGCCGUACUUCUUCUGGAAGCAGCUGUGCUCCAGGACCCUCAGGAUUCAGAGGCUUGGUUGGUGCUGGGAACCACACAAGCAGAGAAUGAGAAUGAGCAGGCAGCAAUUGUCUCCCUCCAGAGGUGUCUGGAGCUCCACCCCAACAACCUUCAGGCCCUCAUGGCCCUGGCAGUGAGCCUGACCAACACAGGCAUGAGGCAGGAAGCGUGUGAGGCACUGCUGGGCUGGAUAAGGCACAACCCCAAAUACAAGCAUCUUCUGAAGAGCCGCACGCACCUGCAGGGCUCACCUGGCUCACGGCGACUCUCCCACUCCUCUUCAACUGGCUGCCCCCUGCUGCCAGAGGUGAAGGAUCUGUACCUGGACGCUGCCCAGCAGAACUCGGACACUAUCGACCCAGACCUGCAGACAGGGAUGGGAGUGCUGUAUAACCUCAGCUCCGAGUUCAACAAAGCGGUGGAAGCCUUCAACGCCGCGCUGUCAGUGCGGCCGGAGGACUACCUGCUGUGGAAUCGGCUGGGGGCGACGCUGGCUAAUGGAGAUCGCAGCGAGGAGGCUGUGGAGGCCUACACCAGAGCCCUGGAGCUCCAGCCCGGCUUCAUCCGCUCACGUUACAAUCUUGGCAUCAGCUGCAUUAAUAUGGGCGCUCACAGGGAGGCAGCCAGUAAUUUCCUGACGGCUCUUGGUAUGCAGAGAAAGAGCAGGAGUCGGCAGCUUUCGCACCAGGUCAUGUCUGGAAACAUCUGGGCGGCCCUUCGGAUAGCACUGUCCAUGCUGGACCAGCCAGAGCUUUUUCAAGCUGCUAACAUAGGAGACCUGGACUUGCUUAUGAAAGCCUUUAACCUGGAUAUGUGAGCGAGAAUACCCUUUAACCAUGGCAAAUAUCCAAAGUACUUAAUGGGAAGAACUUUGUCAGAAAGCAACAUUUUUUUCUCGCAGAGCACCUUUACAUUCCUGAGAACUGAGUGCAGGAUGAUACCAUUUUAAUAGAUUUGCACAUCAGUUUACGAUUAUCCUAAAGAGCACAAUGCCAGGCGAAGAUUGUACAAGUAUGCCUUAGAGAAAAUAUCAGCUGGACCUUUAAAUGUAACAGUGGGAAUCGGAGGAGAACUUAAUUCCACAACUGAUCAGAGGAACGCAGACUUUAAAUGUGCAAGAAGAACAUUGACUUCACAUCAAUGACUUGAUUAGAAAUGUACUGUACUGCGUAGACUUUAUGUAUUGAUUCACUUGCACUCUUUAUUUGAGAUGGUGGGGUUAUUAUUGAUUUUGGUGGCACUUAGUUCAACCCUGGACAUUCCUCACCUGAUCUCUGCUGCAUCAUCCCCUUUAUUUCUUGGAGCUUGCAGACCAGAUUAAGAAGCCUUACUUUAUCGUGCAUGUAAAAUAAAUAAUUAAGAUGUUAUCGGUAUGAUAUCA